GUAACGUGGAGAGUGAGAAGAUCAGUGACAAUCAGACAGCAGCAGUAUUCAUGCUCAGAAAGAGCACUACUGAUGAGACAUUUGCUUUGAGUGGAUGCUCAGGCAUCUCCGCCGUUACAUUUUAACGAAACUACCUCGUGCCAAGUCUUAAAGAUACGUAGUAUAAUUACAGCAGCGCAGAGAAAAAUAACUAAAAGUCCCCGUGAAAGCGACUGGAAUAGAUCAACUACUAGGAGGGAGAGGAAUGAAAGGGUGAACUCGCUUCCAAAGCCGGAUCUUCUAGUGUGACACCGAGCAGAAGUAAACAGAAACUGGGCUGGUGGCGUAAACAUCGACUUGUGCGUAGGAACAAUAUAUGUGUAACAAGGCAAUUAUGCCUUCAGUUCAGCAUUUUAGACAGUUUUUCAACGAGCGACUAGCUGCUGCUGCUGAAGAAAUAUUCAGCGCUUUUGAAAAAACUAUCCUCGAGUACGAAGAAGAGAUCAGCCGUCAGCGCAGGCUGCUGGACAUCGCCUGGAAACCUGCGGUGAAGUUACCCAGGAUAGAGCUCCCACAUCAGCUUGCCUGUAAAGAGGAGGAGGUUCUUGCCUCUGACCAGCAGCCCAUUUUCCAGGAGAGGAACCCCAGGUUGGAUCAAGAGGUUAAAGGGGAACUCUGCACUAGUCAGGACAGAGAGCAUCUUGUACUGAAGCAGGAGACUGAUACUUGCAUUGUGCCUCUUACUUAUGAGAAAGGUGACAACGCUGAAGAUCAGACUUUGAGAUUGAAUCCGAGUGAAUUAGUAAGUGCAACAGAAAAACAGUCCUUAGUCAAAAUAUCUAUUAAAACCUCAGAGGAAGCAGAGCUAAAUACCAACCACCAGCUCUUUUCUCACAGUUCCUAUUUAUCUAAAAGCCCUGACAAAGAAGACGAGCCUGAGGAUUGUAUGUCAAUUGGAAAUGCAGAGACAAAACCACAGAAGAUAAGUCACAAAGGCUAUCAUAUACAUAAUCCUGCAAUGUUGAUUAAUUACUGUAAAACACACGCAAGUAAAAAGUCUUUCAAAUGUGACACUUGUGGAAAAACAUUUCCAUUUAAUUCCAAAUUAAUCAGACACCUGCGAAUCCACACGGGCGUGAGGCCAUAUUCUUGCAACAUCUGUGGUAAAAGAUUCAAUCAGACAUCCAUACUGAACGUUCAUAAACGAAUCCACACAGGCGAGAGGCCGUAUUCUUGCAACAUUUGCGGAAAGAGAUUUAACCAGACGUCAAUACUGAACGUCCAUAAAAGAACUCACACGGGCGAGAAGCCAUUUUCUUGUAACAUCUGUGGUAAAAGAUUUAAUCAGAAGUCAAUACUGGAUGCUCAUGUCAGAAUCCACACAGGCGAGAAGCCCUUUUCUUGCAAAACAUGCGGGAAAUGUCUCAGGAGUCGUUCUACUCUGUUGGUUCACAUGAAAAAAACACACGGGCGAGCAACCGUAUUCUUGCAAAAUAUGUGACAUUUCAAAUGCAGCUAUCUUGUAAGUCCAUGUGUGAAGCCAGACGUUUGCCAGACUAUAUGUAAAAGAAACGGCACACGAAAAAUCUGCAUUUUAUAAUUUUUGUGUGCAGCAAUUAUGUGAAAUGAUUCUUUUAUGCAUCGAGCUUGAUACGGUAUCUAAGGCUACAUUCGUUCGACUAAGUGUUUGUAUAUGCAAAUAUAGAUAUAAUAUAGAGUUUCAGUUUUUCACUUCAAGACUAAAACAAACCACUAAUAUUUAAUUACACCUCAGUCUUAUACUUCAACGCUUACAUUUGAUAAUAAGUGUUAGGACUUUUUAAAAAGCAUUAACCUGUUUAGGGGAUACACAAAUAAGGCAGAGCCAUCAGCUGUGGGCACAAAUGGGUCAUGGCACACUCAUUCGUUGAGCACAGAUGGAAAAGUCCCACUUAUAGAAAACUACAUUCGGCUGCUUCAUUGACACAAGGCGUAGCCACAGCGGAUUUUUAGAGGGGACUGUAAAAGGGAUUUAUGAUUUGUUUUUCCCCCGCUCUGCCUUGCAGAUUGGUUGUGGGGUCUGAUAUAUGAAAAGCUGCUCCUCCUUGUCUCCAAACACCUCUUUGGUGACUGUAGCUAGGGCUGUUCGAUAUAACGAUAUAUAUCAGAUGACGAUAUAAAAACGUCUAUCGUUUCAUUUUACGCUAUCGUUUGUUUCGUGGUGUCGCAAAAUAAACUGU